ACUCAAUUCCUGUUGUUCCAUUUGCAUAUUCCCUCUUUGUGUGUUAUAGAAUUAAGUUCUGCGGGCAACUUAAUAAGCAAUAAGCAAAAAGUGUCUCCAGUUGAUUUGAAGAUUGAAACCAAUUGAAUUUUAGCAUAUAUUUUUCUUAACAACAACAGUAACCAGCAAGAUGACAGAUAAACCAAAACGUCCUCUAUCCGCUUAUAUGUUGUGGUUAAGCUCAGCUCGUGAACAGAUCAAACGUGAGAAUCCUGGUAUUCGGGUUACAGAGAUCGCCAAAAAAGGUGGCGAAAUUUGGCGUUCAAUGAAAGAUAAAUCGGAAUGGGAGGCUAAGGCUGCUAAAGCCAAAGAGGAUUAUGAAGACGCUGUCAAAGAAUUUGAAGCGAAUGGUGGCAGUACGGCUAAUGGUGGCGGCAAAAAGCGUGGCAAGGCCAACAAAAAGACAGCGAAAAAAACAAAAAAAGCUGAUUCCGAUGAUGAUGACGAAGAAGAGAGCGAGUAAAAAUGCAUUUUUUUUUUCCG